UUGUAGUUGUGCCAUUUAAUUUGUACUCGUGCUUUGUGUCGGAGCUGUACACACGUUUAUUUUCACACAAUCCAAAGUUGUCGUUUUCACAUAAUUUUACUGAUUUUGUGAUCUGAGAAUGGCCGUAGAUGAAGAGGAGUCGGUUGCAUGGAGCGUUGAGAUGGAAGUGAGCUUGUUCCAUGCCAUGAGGGGACACAAACCAGUUGGUGUGAAUAAGAAUUUUCAGAUGAUGUGUAUACACGACAAGUUGCAGCAAUCCAUGGGACGUAAAAUCAGCUCACAACAGAUCUGGGAACAUCUCAGCACCAUGUACGACAUGCAAGCAUUGCACGAGUCCGAGAUUCUACCGUUUCCAAAUGCCGAGUCUGACUUCACUCUGCCUAAUGAUGACUAUGGAGACAUGAUGAAAACUAAAACCAGCGGGUCAACAUCAGCUGGCAUUGAAGACACACCUCAAAAAGAAUCCCUCAAGACGACUAUUCGCCUUCCAACAAUGACCUCCCUGGCUGCCGUCACCCCAUCUGAAAAAGACAACUCACCUAAGAGAAAGAGAACGCGGCAGGGAACGAAUACACCUAACCCAGACAUCUUGGCCAGCAAAAGAAGACGGUAAAAACUGCAUCUUAGAAGACGUCAUCGUGUCUGGUUACCUGUUGUCUCUGCAGGUAUAAACAGAAUGUACUUUGGAAGGGGACUGACUAUUUUUCUAAUGAUGAGAUGUUCCUGAGGCCCUCGUCACACAUUGAAAAUCAUUGUCUGUAGCUGGACGGUGUCUGCAAAUGAUGUCUUUUUUAAACUCAAUCUUCUGGACGGCACCAAAAGAAGAUUUAGUUUGGCUUUCAGCUUUACGGUAUGAUGUAGGGGUCUAAGGUGAAGCUCUGUAGUCAUAGCCAAAGUCAUUAUUCUGGACAUGCAGGGGCGGUGUGUUUUUGUCCUGAGGGCGCUGUUUGCACAUCCGAACAAUGAGAACAUGACCCGAAAACAAUACACUCGAAACAAGAUCACACAUCACCUUUCAGCUGGGAUCAGUCAAGAACAACACUGUACAAAAUGGCGCUACAUCAUCAUCAUUCAUUCGGAAGACACAUGAACAGCAAUCCUAGGUGUUCAUAAGCGUCCAAGAACACACCGCCUGACAUUGAUCUGGCUUAGGCUGUGUACGAACUGGCAGCUACGGCGACGGCUGGUUUGCCUUGUCAUCAUGCGUUGAAGUGUAGGACGUUUUUAUAAGCAAAAUUUGUAGCUGUAGCUUCAGAUGGCAAUUUGGAUAGGGCUUUAUGAAGUACAUGUACAUGGGAAACUGAGUCCAUUUGUUCUGGCAGGUCAUCCUGGACAUGACUUCAAGGAUAACCCUCCUACUAUCUGACCCAUCUUUAUUUUCCACUAAGGUUUUAACUGACACUUUGAUAAACUGUACACAGUCACUACUGUCUGACCAUAAAGUAUUACGUUUGUGGUUUUGAAUGAUAGGUUAGUGUCAGCUUGCAAUUAUAUGGCAUGAAGUGAAUGCAUUCACAUGGGACAAAGUCAACCCUCCUGAUGUCUGACCACUCACUAUCAUCCAUUGUGAAUGGCAGAUUUGUCACUGUGCUAGACUCCAAUAUAAUUUAAUGUGGGGAAUGCAUUUACACUGUACACAGUCAACCCUCCUACUGUGUGACCAGUCAUUCACAUCCACUGUGGUCUUGCAGCACAAAUUGUUAAUACUUAGCAUGGUUGUGUACCGCCUUACACAACAUGUCCAGUGUCAUGGCACAAACAGUAGGAAGGUUGGACACGUUUUUUCAUGGUCAAAGCUUUAGUUUUGCCAUUGGCUCGGCCAACCCAGUGAAAGUCAUUAUAAAGUCUUAAAAUGACAAAGUGUCCCGAAAAAAUUAUUUCCAAUUCCAUAAAUUAUGUAAAUACUGCUGCAAUUUUUCUUGUGUCCCAUCUUUUUUAUGUCCUCUUUUUUUUAUACUAAAUAAACAUACUAUUUAACUUGACAUCAUGAUGCAGAUUUUAAAGAAAACAUAAAGGAAACAAUGAACGAACCACAAACCAAAUCAAAUAGACACAUAAUAAACAAUUUUUAUGAUGAGUUUUGUGUUCAAAUGGAAUGUACUUUGUUAUACCUUAUAAUAAAUUGUUAAACUGCAGAGAUCAGAUUGUUUA